AAGCAGAAGUCUCUAAACGUAUCGGGGAUCAUUCUGCCUCCCCGGGUCAUUGUGGGUCAGAAGGGCAGGGUGACCGUUAGUGUGGAGGGGAGGAGGGUGGACAGGGUCCAGAUUACCUGGUUCCUCAAUGACACCCCCAUCUCAGACACCUCACACACAGGUAGAGCCAAACCACAAUAUGUCACAUAACAUAUUAUAAGCUUUAUUCUAAGACAUUUUCGAGGCCCAGAAAUGAUUAUAAUAGGUUAUAAAGCAUUAUACUAUUAUAAAGCAUUAUAGCAUUAUAUACACUCUACAGCAUAUGUACUUGGACAGUGAAGUUAAAAAAUUUUUUGUGGCUCUAUACUCCAGUGUAUUUUAAGUAGUCAAAAGUUUAGCAUUUGGUCCCAUACUCCUUGCACGCAAUGACUGCAUCAAGCUUGUGACUCUUAGAAAUAACAUUUCUCCUUAUUUAUCCUUCAGUUACUAUUGGACAAAAUGUAAACCAAAACACAACCAAAACAAACUGCAAAUGCAUCCAACUAGUUUGUAGAGUCACAAGCUUGAUGUAGUCAUUGCGUACAAGGAAUAUGGUACCAACCACAAAAAGUUUGACUAUUUUAAUACACUCUAAGUGAAUUUGUCCAAAUACUUAUGAAUUCUUCAAUGCAUAAAAUAAGUGCUUUCAUUUCAAAAUGGUAAAACAGAUAUGUAUGAAAAUGUAUUCAAAUAAAAGGUGACAUUCUGUACUGUUGCCUCAUAUGAAACAUUUGAUUUCAAAUCCGAAAUGCUAGAGUAUAGAGCCAAAUUGAAAAUGUUAGCUUCACUGUCCAAAUGCAUAUUGUGUUAAGUGUAUAUACACGUAGAGCCAGACCACAAUAUGUCUCUUUCGGUAACACUUUAAUUACAGCCUACAGGUAUAAAGCGUUAUUAUACAGUUAGAUGGCAUUGUAAGACAUGUCAUAAUCAUGUAUUAUCCCCUUAUUAUGUUUUAUUAUAAUCUCAUAAUGAUCCUGACUGAAUAACUGACAGAAUUUUUACAGAAUCUUCAGCCAGUUUAAAAUGUCCUACAUAGACAGUAGGCACUAUAAAGGCUCAGACAAGUUAUAAAGUAUUAUACAAGUAAUUAUACAAGGACAUUUAAUUCACUAAAAUGUUACCUUCACUUUGUUUUGUAAUUUCUUUUGCAUUUUGCCUUUGUGCAGCACAUAAGUAACUUGCUGCCUUUUGUCUUUUUCAUGUCAUAAUUCUACUAACAAAUACUGUCCUACAUCAAAUGACCAGAAUCCCGUCCCUCAUUCAAAGCUUACGCUAACAACACUAACUUUCUCCGUAACCAACUAAGCACCAUGUUUCUACCAUAUGGUCUCACUCUCAACUCCCCAGUGUCAGAGAAGGGUCCCCUGCUGCCCUCUGGUAGCAACAUGGGCUAUUACAAGCUGCACACACAGGGCCCGCUGCACUCGACGGGGGACAGCAGCAAGCAGCGACUGCUGUCCUCGCUCUCCUUCAUCCCCCAGAUCUGUAUCCACAAGGGGGCGGUGUUCAAGUGCCAGGUGUCUUAUGUGGGGAAAGACAAGGUGGUGGUGGAGAGGGUGUCGGACAUGUUCACCAUAUUAGGUAAGGGACAGCUUUCGCACCAGGGUUGAAGUCAAUUUUGCUUCAAUUCAGGAAAUUUGAUUGAAUUAAAAUGGAAUUGAACCCAAAACUGUCUCUCUUACAGAAACACUCUCUUACUUUUCCUCUUCCUUCUGUCUCAGGGUACAGUGCCUUCAGAAAGUAUUCAUACCCCCUGACUUAUUCCACAUUUUGUUGUGUUACAGCCUGAAUUCAAAAUGAUUAAAUAAAAUAAAAAUGUCACCCAUCUACACACAAUACCCCAUACCCCGGACGCUUAUAAGAAAUCCCGCUAUGCCCUCUGACGAACCAUCAAACAGGCAAAAAGUCAGUACAGGACUAAGAUUGAAUCGGACUACACCGGCUCUGACGGUCGUCGGAUGUGGCAGGGCUUGAAAACUAUUACAGACUACAAAGGGAAGCACAGCCGCGAGCUGCCCAGUGACACAAGACUUCCAGACGAGCUAAACCACUUCUAUGCUCGCUUCGAGGCAAGCAACACUGAAGCAUGCAUGAGAGCACCAGCUGUUCCGGAUGACUAUGUGAUCACGCUCUCCGUAGCCAAUGUGAGUAAGACUUUUAAGCAGGUCAACAUUCACAAGGCCGCAGGGCCAGACGGAUUACCAGGACGUGUACUCCGAGCAUGUGCUGACCAACUGGCAAGUGUCUUCACUGACAUUUUCAACAUGUCGCUGACUGAGUCUGUAAUACCAACAUGUUUCAAGCAGACCACCAUAGUCCCCGUGCCCAAGGAAACUAAGAUAACCUGCCUAAAUGACUACCGACCCGUAGCACUGACGUCUGUAGCCAUGGCUCACAUCAACACCAUUAUUACAGAAACCCACUCCAAUUUGCAUACCGCCCCAACAGAUCCAUAGAUGAUGCAAUCUCUAUUGCACUCCACACCGCCCUUUCCCACCUGGACAAGAGGAACACCUACGUGAGAAUGCUAUUAAUUGACUACAGCUCAGCAUUCAACACCAUAGUGCCCUCAAAGCUAAGCUAAGGAUCCUGGGACUAAACACCUCCCUCUGCAACUGGAUCCUGGACUUCCUGACGGGCCGCCCCCAGGUGGUAAGGGUAGUUAACAACACAUUUGCCACACUGAUCCUCAACACGGGGGCCCCUCAGGGGUGCGUGCUCAGUCCCCUCCUGUACUCCCUGUUCACCCAAGACUGCAUGGCCAGGCACGAUUCCAACACCAUCAUUAAGUUUGCCGACGACACAACAGUGGUAUGCCUGAUCACCGAGAACGAUGAGACAGCCUAUAGGGAGGAGGUCAGAGACCUGGCCGUGUGGUGCCAGGACAACAACCUCUAUCUCAACGUAACCAAGACAAAGGAGAUGAUUGUGGACUACAGGAAAGAAAAGAGGACUGAGCACGCGCCCAUUCUCAUCGACGGGGCUGUAGUGGAACAGGUUGAGAGCUUCAAGUUCCUUGGUGUCCACAUCACCAACGAACUAUCAUGGUCCAAACACACCAAGACAGUCAUGAAGAGGGCACGACAAAGCCUAUUCCCCCUCAGGAGACUAAAAAGAUUUGGAAUGGGUCCUCAGAUCCUCAAAAAGUUAUACAGCUGCACCAUCGAGAGCAUCCUGACUGGUUGCAUCACUGCCUGGAAUGGCAACUGCUCGGCCUCCGACCGCAAGACACUACAGAGGGUAGUGCGUACGGCCCAGUACAUCACUGGGGCCAAGCUUCCUGCCAUCCAGGACCUCUAUACCAGGCGGUGUCAGAGGAAGGCCCUCAAAAUUGUCAAAGACUCCAGCCACCCUAGUCAUAGACUGUUCUCUCUGCUACCGCACGGCAAGUGGUACCGGAGUGCCAAGUCUAGGUCCAAAAGACUUCUCAACAGCUUCUACCCCCAAGCCAUAAGACUCCUGAACAGCUAAUCAUGGCUACCCAAACUAUUUGCACUGCCCCCCCACCCCCACGCCAUCCUUUUACGCUGCUGCUACUCUGUUAAUUAUAUAUGCAUAGUCACUUUAACUCUACCCACAUGUACAUAUUACCUCAACUACCUCAACUAGCCGGUGCCCCCGCACAUUGACUCUGCACCAGUACCCCCCCGUAUAUAUAGCCUCCCUACUGUUAUUUUAUUUUACUUCUGCUCCUUUUUUCUCAACAGUUUUUUGUUGUUGUUUUAUUUUACUUUUUUUAUUAAAAAAUAAAUGCAUUGUUGGUUAAGGGCUGUAAGUAAGCAUUUCACUGUAAUGUCUACACCUGUUGUAUUCAGCGCAUGUGGCCAUUACAAUUUGAUUUGAUUUGAUUUGAAUGACAAAGUGAAAACAUGUUUUUAUAAAUUUUUCAAAAGUCUUGAAAAUGAAAUAUAGAAAUAUCUCAUUUACAUGUUUAAAUCAACUUUGGCAGUGAUUACAGCUGUGAGUCUUUCUGGGUAAGACUCUAAGAGCUUUCCAUACCCGGAUUGUACAAUAUUUGCAUAUUUUUUUUAUUUUAUUUCUUCAAGCGCUCUCAAGUUGGUUGCUGAUCAUUGCUAGAAAGCCAUUUUCAAAUCUUGCCAUAGAUUCUCAAGCCGAUUUAAGUCAAAACUGUAACUAAGCCACUCAGGAACAUUCAAUGUCGUCUUGGUAAGCAACUGCAGUGUAUAUUUGUCCUUGUGUUUUAGGUUAUUGUCCUGCUGAAUGGUGAAUUUGUCUCCCAGUGUCUGUUGGAAAGCACACUGAACCAGGUUUUCCUCUAGGAUUUUGCUAUUCCAUUUCUUUUAAUCCCUCCCCCCCAAAAAAAUAAAAAACUACUCUUUGUCGAUGAUAAGCAUACCCAUAACAUGAUGCAGCCACCACCAUGCUUGAAAAUAUGAAGAGUGGUACUCAGUGAUGUGUUGUGUUGGAUUUGCCCCAAAUGAAUGCUUUGUAUUCAGGACAUAAAGUUAAUUUCUUUGCCACAUGUUUUUGCAGUUUUACUUUAGUGCCUUAUUGCAAAUAGGAUGCAUGUUUUGGAAUAUUUGUAUUCUGUGCAGGCUUCCUUCUUUUCACUCUGUCAUUUAGGUUGGUAUUGUGGAGUAACUACAAUGUUGUUGAUCCAUCCUCAGUUUUCUCCUAUCACAGCCAUUAAACUGUAACUGUUUUAAAGUCACCAUUGAUCUCCCUGAUCUUUGUGGUUGAAUCUGUCUUUGAAAUUCACUGCUCGACUGAGGGAUCUUACAGAUAAUUGUAUGUGUGGGGUACAGAGAUGAGGUAGCCAUUCAAACAUCAUGUUAAACACUAUUAUUGCACAGAGCGAGUCCAUGCAACUUACUAUGUGACUUGUUAAGCACAUUUGUACUCCUGAACUUAUUUAUGCUUUCAAAUUUUUUUCUAUAAACAUCAUUCCACUUUGACAUUAUGGGGUAUUGUGUGUAGGCCAGAGACAUCCAUUUUCUAUUCAGGUGGAAAAAGUCAAGGGGUGUAAAUACUUUCUGGAGUCACUGUAUCUGUAAUAAUUGUAUUCAAAUUACUUGUCCUGUCCUCUCUUACUUUUCUUCAGCUCCCCCUGAGGUCUCAGAGAUUCAGCUCACAGAGGCAGGUGUUGACUCCGGUAAGAUGAACUCAAGUUCAUUUAAAUACAGUACAAAUGACAGUACAUUGCAUAUCAGGAUUGGAGUCAAUUCCAUUUCAACUCAACCAAUUGCGUUUUUUAACUGUCUUGACAAUAUAGCAGACAUUUUUAUGUAUACAGUCAGUGCAAAAAAUUUUUUGUGUGUGUAUGAUCCCUGCGGUAAUUGGCGUUGCCAGUGCCGCAUUGUUACCAACUGAACCACACAAGACUAUAUGCUGCAUGUCUCUUUCCCCUCUUUCCUCCAGGUGUGGUCACCCUGACCACCCAGGCCUCGCGCUUCCAUCCAGACAUUAUCACCUUCCGUUGGUUCUGCCAGGGGGGUGAACUGAGCCCCGUGGCCUCCCAGGCCCUGUCUGCCCCACGGCCCGACACCCAGGGCUUCUUCUCAGCCAUGAGCCAGUGCAAGCUGCCCCGCGCCGAGCUGGAGCACGGUGGCACCAAGGUGUGGGUGAGCGUCCAUCACAUUGCCCUCAAGCUCCCCGUCACCCGCGAGACCCGAGGUGAGAGGAGGGUGGUGUUUGUGAUGGUUAAAGGGGUAUUAUUUGUUACCUUACCUUAAAUAUACAUUUUAGUUUAUGGAAAGGGAGAGACCGCAAUUCAAGCUUUGGUUUUGUUUACCUAAGAGUCCACAGACUGCUUUUAGGCUAAGGAAACAAGUACAUAAUUUCAUAAUUUGGGUGAACUACCCCUUUAAGGGAGGAGGGGAAGGAGUAAUGACAUAUUUUGUGUCUUUUUCCUCAGAAGUUGUAUAAAUGUAACAUAAAAGAAGUCUGAGGAAUGACCAAUGUUCCCUCUAAAAACGCGCGCACGUGCGCAGUAGCCCCGAGACUGCUGCGCAGCUCCACGGGACUGCCACCCAGAAAUAGGCCUAUCAGCCCACAGAGAGAAGCACGAGAUUGAAAUUCACUCAACUUUCUAAAUCAGUGGUCACCAACCGGUCGAUCACGAUCGACUGGUCGAUCUCCAAGGCAUUCCUAGUCGAUCGCCAAGCAUUUCUGUAAAAAACCCAACGAUAAAGCCUUGUGUUCCUAUUUUAUUUUCUUUGUCUCGGGCUGUUGGCGGUAGGUGCACCCGAUUCAGCUGCCCUGCGCACGGGUAGGCGAACUGUUGCCAUUUUGAACCAUUUCAUUUGUAUGAAGGUACAAACUCUGACUUCCCCGCGGGCCCAGAGAGCAAAUCAAGUGCACUAUAGGCCUACCUCUGACCAGUCGGAUGGCUCAGAUGACCGUGUCUGCAGUAACAUAUCAGGCAUAAAAGAAAGCUACAGCAAAGUUGAUACUGUGAGAUUUCAAAACAUUUAAAACCAUGAUUGAGAGAGACUGUCAACAAACACAGCAAAGAGAUGCUGUUUUUAUGAGUGAGUUAAUGUUUAAGUUCUUACUCUGCACUGUCAGCACUUUGUAUUCAACACUUUUAUAAGCCAUAAAAUGCGCGUUCUUCCUAUUUCCUCUCAGCGCUACAACAAGCACUGCAUCAGUAACAUGCUGACCACACCGCUCACGUUACGUGCGCGAGCGUUGCAAAUAACUGUACACAUACAUGUUACUCAAUCAUUUCAUCCAAUCUGCGUAGCCAGGCACUAAAAUAUAACAUGCUGACUAGACUGGGCGCGCGCGUGCAUCCGCUUGCACAUGUUGAUUUUGUCCAGCCACACCAAAUGCAAUCAGGACAAGCAGGUUGAAAUAUCAAAACGAACUCUGAACCAAGUCGAAAUGCAUGAAACAUUCAUGGCAAUUUAACUAGCAAGCUUGCUGUUGCUAGCUAAUUUGUCCUAUUGGGUUGUUCUAUUUUAGCGCCUGGCUACACAGACGCUCGUUGACGCACGCGAGCUGUUUGGAUUAAAUGAUUGAAUAACAUGUAUGUGUACAUUUAUUUUGCAACGCUCGUGCACGUAACGCGAGCGGUGUGGUCAGUUACAUGCUGACCAGACCACUCGUGUUAUGUGCGCUCGCGUUGCAAAAUAAAUGUACACACAUUAUUCAAUCAUUUAAUCCAAACUGCUUGCGUGCAUCAACGAGCGUCUGCGUAGCCAGGCGCUAAAAUAGAACUUGGUUCUAUUUUUGAAACUUGACGCGCUGCAAGUCCCGCCUCUCCCAUCUUCUCAUUGGUUUUUAGGCGCAUAUACCCACGUGGGUGAUUGAAAGCUGAACUGAGGUCUACACUCGAGUCCAGUUGGUGGUGGUAAUGCACCUUAAAGUUGGUUGCCAACCCCCAUAUAAAGUCCAAAGAAGAAGAAGAAGACUGAAGGUGGAGAUUACUAGAAACUAACUAGGUUUACCCUAUUAUCUGUGGAUUAAUUGUCGGAGUAAAGGACCUUGUGCAUUUCAGGUAAAAUAACAACCCAAAAUGUAUUUCCCAUUACAAAUUAGCUAGCAACAGCAAGCUAGCUAGCUAAAUUGCCAUGAAUGUUUCAUGCGUUUAGACCUGUCCCCAAAUUAAUAUAGUUUGUUUUGAUAUUUCAACCUGUGUGUCCUGAUCACCUCUGGUAUGGAUGGACAAAAUCAACACGUCUAGUCAGCAUGUAAUGAAUGAGUAGGAAAGUGUAUCUAUAGGCUUGCGUUGUUGUUAUUAUUAGCGGCUUAGGUCUUUUUUAAUAUCGAGGAAUAGUUCACUUUCUCUUUUCAUAGGAGUAACAACAUGAAUUUGAGCAUGAGGCAGAAAUAAUGCGGUGCGACUCGAGUUUCGCCAUCAGCUGGAAGAUGCUGUCCCUUUUUGGUCAGUGUCAGUGGAGGAAAAGGAGAGCAGAGGGAUGUUGAGAGGUGGACCCUCAUUCUGCUAAUCUCUCCCUCCGCUGAGACUGACCAUCAGAUGCAGGCACCAUCAACCCAGUAAAAUAUUAAAAUAUAUGCUACUGAGCCGUGCUUCACAAGUAAUACAACAACGGAUCUAUUACCGGUGUGAUCAUAUACAGUGCAUUCAGAAAGGAUGGCGAAUCCAUGACUUUUUCCACAUUAUGUUACGUUACAGCCUUAUUCUAAAAUGGAUAAAAAAUUUACAAAUCCUCAUCAGUCUACACACAAUACCUCAUAAUAAAAUCAGGUUUUUAUAAAUGUAAAAAAAAAAAUGGAAAUACUUUAUUUACAUAAGUAUUCAGACCCUUUGCUGUGAGAGUCGAAAUUGAGCUCAGGUGCAUCCUGUUUCCAUUGAUAAUCCUUGAGAUGUUUCUACAACUUGAUUGGAGUCCACCUGUGGUAAACUCAAUUGAUUGGACAUGAUUUGGAAAGGCACACACCUGUCUAUAUAAGGUCUUACAGUUGACAGUGCAUGUCAGAGCAAAAACCAAGCUAUGAGGUCGAAGGAAUUGUCCGUAGAGCUCCGAGACAGGAUUGUGUCGAGGCACAGAUCUGGGGAAGGGUACCAAAAAAUUUCUGCAGCAUUGAAGGUCCCCAAGAACACAGUGGCCUCCAUCAUUCUUAAAUGGAAGAAGUUUGGAACCACCAAGAAUCUUCCUAGAGCUGGCCACCUGGCCAAACCGAACAAUCAGGGGAGAAGGGCCUUGGUCAGUGAGGUGGCCAAGAACCCGAUGGUCACUCUUACAGAGCUCCAGAGUUCCUCUGUGGAGAUGGGAGAACCUUCCAGAAGUACAAACAUCUCUGCAGCACUCCACCAAUCAGGCCUUUAUGGUAGUGGGCAGACGGAAACCACUGCUCAGUAAAAGGCACAUGACAGCCCGCAAUAACAUCUGCUAACCAUGUGUAUGUGACCAAUACAUUUGAUUUUGAUUUACAGUACUGUUUUUAAUUGGUUGAUGUUGCAUAGGCUUACGUUUUUUGAGUCAUGUAAAAAAGAGCUGUAGAUCUUGGCUUUCAUUUUGACUCAAAGUGAUCUUGAUUCAGAAAAGGUUGGUGACCACUGUUCUAGAGUUUUCCCUGUCAACACUAUCAACAUUUCCCUUUACUGUGGCAAUUGUGAUCGAAUCAAUGCAAUAUUAGCCACUUUCAAUGCAACAUACCGAAACAAAACGAACUAUGCAAGAGAUUUUGUUGUAGGCAGAAUGCAUCGGAGUAGGAUUCUAUUGCAUUGACACUCACUACUCACCCCAGACUCUACACAGACCGGUGCGGCACAAACAAUCAGAGCUGCAGUAGGCCUAUAUGCAAAUAGACCAUUGCCAUAUAUGGAUCUGUGCCAUUUACUUUGAACUUGACUGUGUUUACAGCAUGAGCGGUCAUGAGUAGAUUGCGCUUGUUUUGAAAUCAAAGCGAGAGCUGCAUGUAGCCACAUGUGCACAUUUUGUUUAUAUCCUUUGCUAGUUAGUGAGUGUAUAGCCCAGUUAUAGAUCAUUUGUAGUCAGCAAUAGGGGAGUGAUUGCUUCCUACAAGAGCACAAAACGUGUACAUUUCUAGACAUCUUUGAAAAGCAAGUAAGGUAAAGAGCUUUUUUUUGUCUUAAAGGGGCACUGUUGUAUUUUGAGACGGUCUUGAAUGAGCUAAGUAGCCAAUAGGCAGAGGGUAGCAUAAUUUGUCUGAUUCUCUGUAAUAAUGGUAUGGGAAUAGUAAUGUAUUUUAUUUAGAAAAGUGGUUUCUUACAUCAAAGAACACAACAACAUUUUCAGACACCUCCUUGUCUGAAGGACAAGUGGAUAAACAGGUUAAUGUCAAGCCCUGCAUGUUUUUUUGUCAAAUGUCUCAUGGAAUGUAGGUCUAAAUUCAACACCACACAUUGGCUGCUACUGUAGGCUGAAUGAUAGAUCAGCUAUUUCCAUCUUAAAAUGUUAUGGGAUGCAUUUUCUCCAUUGUUUUUUAUGGUAGGCCACACUGGUAGGCUUACAUUAUGAUCAAAUAGCCACAGUAGCCUACAUGGCCACUGUUAAAACUGUAACUUAAAGCGGUACAGCCUCAGUGUUCACAGUAAAUGUGCGCUGGAAGUUGCAAAGAAUUUUCACAACGUUCAAGUUUGCACUCAGCAGACCUGAAAUUUGCUCAGUGCGGAAAAUGUUUUGAGGGAACAUUGGUCAUGACUAAAUGUAUUCCACUCAUCUUAUAUUACAUCUUGUUCCUCGCAGGUUUCAUAAAGAGGCCCAACGUGUCUGAGAUUAUCAGCUCCGCCUCCUUCCCUGGUCAACAUUUGACAUUGGGCUGUGACAUGACUGGGUUCUACCCUCCAGACAUCUCGGUUACCUGGCUCCGUCUGAGGGAGGGAGAGGUGGAUGACCGAGAGGAAGAGGUGAUAGAAGGAGGAGAAAUCUGGGGGCCCAUGCUGAGUGGUCCCAGUACCUACCGUGCCAAUGCGACUCUGAGGAAGGGGGAAAUAAAGGAGGAGAAGAAGGAAAGAGCAGGAGGGGUGGUGUGCCGAGUGGAGCACUGUUCGCUGGAGGAGCCCAUCGAGAGACGGUGGAGAAACGUUAAUAUCGGUACCCGUUUCUCUCUAGUCUACAUUCAUGUCAUUUGUCAGUGUUAGUAUAGACUUCAUUUAAAUGUUGUUUAGCAGUACGCCAACCGUUUUAAGACUGUAACUGGUCGCAUACACUUUCUUAUGGGUUAUGAAUAACCUAUCGAACAGUAUAAAAAUAAAGUAUAUGUUACAUUCAAGGAAUUCUAUCUACCAUACAUUUUCAAAAUACUUUGACCUUUAAUCCUCCCUCUUUCUCUCUCUCUUUCUUCCAGCUGCUCCCUCCAUCCCCUCCUCUCUUACUGUCCGUUGGACCAGCGAGGGUGUUGGGGUUUUCUCUCUCCUGUUGACGGGAGGCCACCCAAAAGCUAAGGUGCUUUGGGCAGCAGGGGGCACCACCCUCAUACCGCUGGUGUCCAACGAGACAGGCGGGAAGGGAGAGGACGGACAGAGAGAGCUUAGGAGCGUGUGUGCAUUGGAGAGAUCCACUCGCAGGCUCAGUCAGACAGACGGAAAUGGUCAGAUGGACAGUCGGAAAAACGGACACACACUUAGUGGGUGUUUAUUAACACUACUGAAACAGUACCUGUCCAUGUUAGAACUGGAUUGUGUUCAUUAAGCAUCAAACGGAAGAAAAAGGACUGAAAAGGAUUUGCCUAAUAAUAAACGCUAAUUUUACAUUGACAAUUUAUCCAGUAAAGUGAAUGAAUAAAUAUCUCUUUAUAUCUCUUAAUGUUUGUAGAAACAAAAGCCGCAGUCACGGACCCCGAUGCGGAAGGAAUAGAGUACAUCGACGAAAGAGACGGAGAGAACAACAACGUGGAAAGAAAGGUGACGCAGAUGGAGGUGGAGGACGAGAGUGGGGAAGAGGGAGAAGAAGGAAUGGAAACGUUGCACAUAAACAGGGUGAACGUGAGAAAGGGGCCUAGAGGGGACGAGAGAGCACGACUGAGAGUGAGCGUGGAGAUCACCCACCCGGCCCUCAAGCUGCCUGUGCACCGAACAUGGACAGGUACUGUAUUACACUGCUUAUCCUAUAAAUCAUUUGACAGCAUA